GUAUCCGCCAUAUUCAUUCUUUUCUCUAUUCCUUUCGUCAUAUGGCGUAAAGUGCGAUCGCGUUUGUCCGCCAUAUUAAAUGAAAUCAAUAAAAUAAGACAAAAUGUCGCCUUACUAAAGUGCAUGAAAAAAUCCAUCAACAUCCAGUUUUUGUGUGAUUAAAUCAUCAAGAGGAUCACAAUGGAGAAUUCCUACGGUGUGGGGGUUGUUAACAGAUACGCUCUUUUCUUGGACGAUGAGUCCGAUCCUCUUGAUGCGUUAAAAGCGCGAGAGCAAGCGAAGGAGCUCAAAAAGAAGACCAAAGAGGCCGAAAAAGAAAACAAAGGCAAGCCUGAAAGCAAACCCAAGGGGGUCACCGUUGUCGCUAGGAAAGGAAUCAAGGAAACCCAAAAUGUGAAGUCCCAGGAGACCAAGAGCGGCGAACAACAAAAGACCAAGGGUCCUGCUCGAACGAACGAGCGCAACGCGGAGCGUCCGCCUCCGCGCCGCCGUGAAGACCGGCCGCAGAACGGUGCCCCUGAGGGUAAGGAUGGUGCGGCGCGACCACCGCGUCGUGAAUUCAGCGACCGUAGGCCUCCGAACUUUGAGCGGCGCAACUUCAGCGAGAAUCCUGAAGGAGGUGAAAGGCGCGGCCCACGACCACCGCGUGAGCAACGCGACCGCGAUCGUGAAGCUGGACCGCGUGGGCCCCGUGCCGGAUACGACAAUCGAGGCAAGCGUGAGUUCGACCGCCGGUCGGGUUCGGACAAGACUGGUGUGAAGCCGGUCGACAAACGCGAAGGUGGCGGGCCACAUAACUGGGGCACUAUUAAAGAUGAACUCGACGAGCUUAACAAGACGGGCUCUGAAGGUGAGGUGGCCGAUGAGAAGGCAGCAGACGCAGGCGCCGGCACUGGAGCAGGCGGGGACGCUCAGCCAGAGCCUGCGCCGGCUGAGGAGGAGCCGCGUGAGCUUACGCUGGACGAGUACAAGGCAUUGCGGAACGCGCAACGCACAGCUCCGCAGUACAAUAUUCGCAAGGCAGGUGAGGGUGAAGACCUGAGCCAGUAUAAGAACCUGGUGCUGCUGGAACGCAAAAAAGAAGGUGGGGACGAUGAUGAUAGCGAGGAGGAGUACGACAUCGCUGAUUUCCCGCAGCGCGUGGGUCGCCAGAAGCGUGUCUUGGGCAUUGAGUUCACGUUCAGUGACACCGCGCGGCGUGGCGGCGCCGGCGGGCGUGGGCGCGGGCGCGGAAGGGGCCGCGGACGCCCUGGUCGCGAGGAGGUGGUCCAGGAGGAGCGCCCCGCGCCACGCCAACAGGCCGUGCCGCCCAAGGUCGACGACAGCAAGGAUUUCCCCUCUCUUGGCUAGACUUGCAGUGAGCCUUCGCUCUUCUCCCCUUUUGAAAGUACGAUAGAGAUACAAAUUUAAAUAUUGUAUGUACCGUUAUUUUUGAAGUAAAUAUACAAAAUAUUUACACGAGUGUGUAUUAUAUUACAUUUUAUUCGGUUUUGACAUUGACCGUCUCAGAAUUCACAAAACAAUUGUUGGGAUCGUAUGUAGACUCUCAUGAUAUGGGGUUGAAUAAUCAUGCUCAUGUAUUACGCUGGAUGUAAUUAGGGGGAGGAUAUAUUUGAUACAUUUAAGUUUUGUUUUACACAUUAUAGCUACAGUAAUGCAUACAGAACUAUCAUACUUAACCGUAGCUUUUAUCAUAUUGUAAUCACGUUGGCUUAUGAUUUUAACUUUGAAGAGUUAUGGAUUAAGGUUUUUUAACUUACAGACUGUGACAUACUAUAAUGAAUUAACUCCGUCACAACUUAGUGUAGAGCAUUUGUGAAGAAAAUAACCCUUGUUGCAUUUUAUAUCAUGAGUUUGUGUUGACAAAUGCAGACUUUGGGAACUGUAAAUAGUUAUAUAUGUUUAAAAGAUAAGGUCUUAACAAGGUUGAUUUUUGUUGUUACACAAACUUCUUGAAAAAUAAACAUUUUGUAUGUGUG